AGUCUUUCUUUUGAGAGUUAUCCAGGGACGUUCUUGCUGAGUCACUAAACGAGGUCACAUAUUUGAAGAAUCGAAAGUAGACAUGCAGGCCACCGACAGAGUGCGUAAUAUUGCAGGUCAUUGCAAACAUGGACCGGGCUAUGCUACUCCCAAGGACGCCAUGGCUGGACCACGUGAACAGAUAGUUUAUCUUCCAUGUAUUCAUAGUAAUACGGGGAUUGARAAGCCGGAUUAUCUUUGUACGGUCGAUGUGGAUCCAAAAUCUCCAACGUACAGUCAGGUUAUCCAUCGACUGCACAUGCCUUACAUUGGCGACGAAUUGCAUCAUACUGGUUGGAAUGCKUGCAGUAGUUGCUUUGGCGAUUCAUCUAAAAAGCGUAAUCGUCUCAUCAUGCCUGGGUUUAUGUCCACACGGAUAUACUCCAUUGAUGUAGGGACAGAUCAACGGGCUCCGCGUAUUCAUAAGAUUAUUGAGCCAGAGGAAGUGUUUUCUAAAACUGGUGCUUCGGUCCCCCAUACGACACACUGUCUUGGCAGCGGRGAGAUCAUGAUUAGUACUUUGGGUAAUGUGGAUGGCACAGCAAGAGGUGGUUUUAUUCURAUUGAUGGUGAAACAUACAAAGUCAAAGGACAAUGGGAAAAAGAUGGCAAAGGGGUACCCAUGGGAUAUGAUUUUUGGUACCAACCUCGACAUAAUGUCUUGUUGAGUACCGAAUGGGCCGAGCCYAACGCUUUCAAACGUGGAUUUCAAAUGGAUGACUUCAAGGCCGGCAAGUAUGGUUCUCAUAUUCACGUGUGGGACUGGACAACACACGAGAAAGUGCAGACGAUUGAUCUUGGCGUGGGUACCAUUCCACUGGAGAUUCGCUUCUUGCACGACCCAAAUCAGGCACAAGGUUAUGUCGGAUGUGCGCUCAGUUCAACAAUCGUCAGAUUCUUCAAGAAACCUGACAAUACAUGGGAUAAAGAAACGGUCAUCAGUAUUCCUCCUAAGAAAGUCGAAGGCUGGGCACUCCCGGAAAUGCCAGGAUUGAUUACAGAUAUUCUGAUAUCUCUGGAUGAUAAAUACCUUUACUUCAGUAACUGGAUACAGGGUGAUUUACGACAGUAUGACAUCACUGAUCCUCAGAAUCCCAAGCUUACUGGACAGAUAUUCAUUGGAGGUAGUAUUACUCGCAACAGUGGUGUUCGCGUCAUCGAUGACCCAGACCUCCCUCAGCAGCCUGACGAAUGCUACGUCAAAGGCAAGAAGGUCGAAGGUGGCCCCCAGAUGAUACAACUUAGCCUUGACGGCAAGCGACUCUAUGUCACAACCUCGCUGUACAGUCAUUGGGACAACCAGUUUUACCCUAACCUCGCCAAGAAAGGGGCGAUGCURCUCCUUGUGGACGUGGACACUGUCAAUGGCGGUCUGUAUCUAAAUAGGGACUUUUUGGUGGACUUUGGGGAGGAGCCAGAUGGGCCUUGUUUGGCCCACGAGGUCCGUUAUCCGGGUGGUGACUGUUCCUCCGACAUAUGGCUUUGAACUGAAUGACAUACAAUCAAAUAUAUAAAAUUGACGAUGUUCUGUUCAUUCAAUUUUGGAGGAACCAGAUGGGUACGUUAUCCGUGUUGUGGCUGUUUUCCCAAUAUAUAGCUUUUAAUGCAUGCAUGAUUGAAUAUGUGGAACCUAGCCGGUGAUUCUGUUCAUUAACUUGUGGGGUUUUGAUUAAUAUUCAACGGAGAUGACUUUAAUACUCGGUAAGAAUUAUUCUGUAAUCAAAAAAUARUAUUCUGUAAGGACGUUUUAAAUGUAUAUGCAACAAUUACCUGUAUUUGCCAUGCAAAUAAAAAAAUGCAUUUUAAAUCCCGCUG